GACAUACUGAACCACGUGUUCGACGACGUGGAGAGCUUCGUGUCGAAGCUGCAGAAAUCCGCGGAGGCGGCCCGAGUGCUGGAGCAUAGGGAGCGCGGCCGCAGGACCCGGCGCCGGGAGUCCGGGGGUGAGGGGCGCCCCGUGGGCAGAGCCAGCGAGGAAUGCGCGCAGCUAGAAAGCGGUCUGGAUUCAGAGGCUGGGGGACCAUUGGUUGGAAUCAGUGCUGGAAUUGCCCCCGGAGGAGGGACCCCCAUAUAUCCCCGAGUUCUACAGCGGCUGGGAGCCCCCGGCCGCCGACCCGCAGGGCCGCCCCUGGGAGGACCCAGUAGAGAAGCAGCUGCAGCACGAGCGGCGGCGCAGGCAGCAAAGCGCCCCCCAGAUCGCUGUCAACGGGUGGGUGAGGUGGUGACCUGGCCUGGGGCUGGGGCCGGGGCUGGGAGAGGGGGGGGAGGAGCAGGGAGGGCGGAGCAGGGAGGGAGGGGCCUGGGCCCAGAUUUCUGGGUCUGAGGGUGGAGGGGGCUGGAGGCCCGGGUUCCAGGGUCUGAGGGAAGGAAGUGGAGAGGUGCGGGCUGCGAGGCUGGCCCCUCGCCUUCCCAAGGCUCUGCAGCAAUUGUCCCUGUCGCUGCUGAGCUUUAAGGAUGAAAAGGGCCAAGAAAUGAAAGCUUAAGACUUGGAUUCCUCUGUCUCUGGGGGAGGAAAGAACUGGGGGUGCAACUUCAUGACUCCAACAAGCAGUGGGGGUGCAGACUCUUGGGGCCAGGGGGAAGAGGAGGGGGUAGAGGGUGCCUGGGCAAGUCAGGAGGGAAGCCGCGUGGGAUGAGAAGAACCAAGCAGCAAAGCUGGAGGAGCAGAAGGGGGGUCUGGGCACGGGCCGGGCAGCGGGUCUCAGCAGGGACAGCGUGCUGGGAGCUGCCUGCCCCACACAGGGGGCGCCGCGGCCCUGAAGACCCCCCUCUCCCUUGCACAGGUAGGCCUGAUCCGGGCUGAGGUCCCUCUUAUUGGGGGGUCAGAGCUCAAAUCCCACGCCCCUUCCCCCAGCUGCCUGGUCUCGCAGAACCCCGCCCCCCCCCC